CGUGGUAGUCCGGGCGGGUGGGCGGACGUGACGCGGAGCGGAGGUCGCCGCGCCGCGCCACCGCGAGUCGCCCUUCGCUGCUCCGGGAUGGACCUGGAGACGAUCGGUGACAGUAUGACUCCCCUCGUGGUCUUCCUGAUUGUUAUGGUGCAGGCCGGGAGCGGGGCUGUGACGAGCCGCGCGGAUCCAGAGCUGUCCUCGGUGCCUUUACCAGCGGGUGUGAUAAUCAGUGCUUAUAACUUGAACCCUGUCCUGUGUUGGGAAUACCAGAACAUGACACAGGAACCUGUGUUUACUGUACAGGUAAAGAACUACAGGGAUGGAGAAUGGCAUGAUGCCUGCACCAAUGUCUCUGAUCAUUGCUGUUCUAUUUUCAACCAAGUUGAUGACCCAGCAGAUCCUCUCUGGGCAAGAGUUAAAGCUACAGUUGGACAAAGAGAAUCUGCCUAUGUACAGUCCAAAGAAUUUAUUUUGUGCAAACAAGGAGAGAUUGGACCACCUACACUAAAUGUCAGAAGGAAGGAAGAUGAGAUCAUUGCUGAUAUAUUUCAUCCCUUAGUUGAGAUAAAUGAAGAAGUGGAAGGAAUUAUGUAUGAAGCUAUGUAUGAAGGCUCUUGCCACACGUUCGACUACAACGUGUAUCUGAGAGUAAAUGGGAGCAAGAGCCUCAUUCCAAAACAUGUUCACGCAGACAAUUGCAACGAGACUCAGUGCCAGCUCAGCAUCCCAGUGUCCUCACUGGAUUCUGAGUAUUGUAUUUCAGUACAGGGAGUCUCAGGUGAAUGGGCUGUAGCAACUGAAAGGACAAAAGAAGUUUGUAUUACCAUUUCCAGUAGCAGUGUAAGAGAUUCCAUUUGGAUUCCAGUUGUCACUGUUUUGAUACCCUUUCUAGUCAUUAUCCCAUUACUUGUGUAUUAUCUUAUGAAGAAUCCAUUUAGGAAAAACAUCAUGUUACCCAAAUCCUUGAUCUCUGUGGUAAGAAAUGUUACCUCAGAGACAAAGCCUGAGUCCAAAUAUACAUCGCUCAUCACAUCAUGCCAGCCAUUGGUCCCAGAAAAUGAGACGGUGAUCUGUGGUGAAGAGCAGGCAUCUUCAGCAACGGUUCCAGGCCUGCAUACACAAGACAAUCUGGGAACAGCAGGAAACACAGAAGAACUUGCUGGCGAAAUAAAAGUGCUCACUCCGGAAGAAAAUAUUUCUGAUCUGGUCACAUGUGGCCCUUUGACUCCAUUAAACAAAGAAAAUUCUACCCCUUCAGAUAGUAACCAGUCAGAGCCAUUCAGCUUCACCUUAAACUCCUCUCACUCCAGAAAUGCUUAUGACAGUGGCCUCAUGGGUUCAGACAGCCUUGUAUCGGACUCUGAAUUCCUCCCAAAUAAUAAAGCUGAAGUGAAGUCCGAAGGACAAGAGCCCAUAACGCUGAGAAAUGCUCCCACGUCUUUUGGUUACGAUAAACCACAUGUGCUUGUGGAUGUGAUUGUGGAUGAAGGUAAAGAGUCUUUGAUUGGUUAUCAGCCUACAACAGGUUCCGACGAAUUUUCCUAAGAUCCAAUGAAAGGAUCUGAAUUUCCUGAAUUGUUUUUCUGCUUUGACUUUGUAAAAACAUCAUGAAGUCUGACAUUGUGUCCUACAAUAUUAACCAUCUUGGUUAAGAUAAAUCUGUAAAUAGCCUUUUGACACCUUCACAUUUGAUUUGAAACUACAAAGACUCUUUAAAAAAAACAAAUUGUAGUUUAUGAACUUUUCUAUCUAGAUGGAUAACUGCAGAUCUUCUAUAUAUA